AUGUCGUUGUCGAUGGAAGCCAAUCGAAAAGUUAAACCAGAGAAGCGCCACUUCUCUAACCCACCGCGACAGAGUAAGAACAACAAAUCUCCAAUCGGACCACCGCCCAUAACCACUGCAAAGAGAAACAAUAGCCAUGUUUGGAUCUUCAACCAUAGACUUGGCCGAAGGAUUACGCCGAAGCAACACACCUCCUCUGAAACGAGUCUCACAACACAGACGCUAGAAAAUCAACUCCAGAAAAGCACACGAAGACUCCUAACAAACCAGACUCCGAGAGGCAGGUGCAAAAUCAGGAGAUUGCUUACAAGAGUAGCUUUAGGCGCGUUAUCACAAGAAAACAAGCCAAGAAAUAGAAGAGGAGAAACAACAAUGUCAAAGAACUGGACAACCGUCCUCGAGCUGAGUUUAACCAGAGACAAGACCAUCAACCCUCACAUAACCAAGGACACGCGACCCGAGCAUGAAUAA